AUGUCUUGCUCCGCCUUUGGCAUGGGACAAGCCGAUGGUAGCUCCUCUUUGGCAUCUUUGUCCUUGCAAGGGGACUCCCAAUUAAGCCUACCACGCCCGAACCAUGCACAAAGAUCGCAAAGAGCUCUGGAACUUGCAGAGCCGGAAGGACAGACGGAGUCAUUCCAUCCAUCAUCUGAAGCUUGCGGAGAAGUGGAUGACGCCUUAUUAGGCAUUUCAUCUUACUGCUUUGCAAGAAUAGAGAGACUCCAGCAGGAGCUCACUAGUACUCAGAAGCGUCUCUACGCUGCCGAUUCACAACUAGAAAACACGCAGAGGGAGCUCACUACUGCACUCCACAAUCUAGAGCACCAAAAGCAAAUGCGAGAACACCAACAGCGCGUCAUGGACCGCAUUGUGGAGUCCAAAGUAGCUCUGGAAGCCAAGCUAGAUGAGCUAGAGUCGCUUCUCGACGAGGACAUAGGCAUGUAUAUCCGAUUUCGGCAACAGACAACGCGGUGUAUCCUCGCAUUUGAAGAGGAGGUACACUCGCUGAAAUCGGAGCUCUUAAAAGUUAAACAAGAUAACAUAUUUUGUCGAUGGAAGAACCUGACCCUUUCUGACGAGGUUGUCCAUCUUACCGCCAUGAAUUCCCUUCUCAAACAGAAAAUAGUUGCCCUAGAAAAUCAGGCUGUGGACCAUGAUAUGCAGCACAGUGCAUUGGAAGUCCACAAGAAAAAGGAAGUGAGAGCCUACCAAUCGACGAUCAAUACUCUUGAGAAGCAAUGUUUUUACUUCAAAUCAAAGUACACCGAAAUUGAGAGACAGCAUGCUAAGGCAAGUCUGGAUCUAACUGUGAUGAAAAGCAUCAUAAAGGGAAAGGAUGCAGAGAUCAAGAAGCUAACAGAAAAAUUGCAGUCCGCUAUAAUGACAAGGACCAAUUGGGUGCAAACAGUUGACAAGAAGAAGAUACAUACUGCCACUAAUGACGCUCUUGCUCAAUUGCAAAUAUCUAAAGAGUUGUUGGCUAAAAUACUAAAGAAGUGA